GCUGUGCAGCCCCCAUCGGCUCUACAGAGGGCAGAGAGUACAAAGGCUCCCGCGAACAGCGUGCCCGACCAGCAAAUUCCGAGUCCACCGGAGAGGCCUCCGACGGAGCGCAGCAAGCCCCAGCCCAGGCUGCCAUGGGCUCCGUGGGCAGCCAGCGCCUCAAGGAGCCCAGCGUGGCGGGCACGCCGGAAAGGAGCGUGGUGAUGAGCUUCAGCUUCGACACCUGCCGGCCGGAGGAGGAGGGGACAGCGGGGACGACUCAGCGCCCGGGCGUCCCAGGUUUCACGGACUCUGCGGUCGAUGAGCCGGUGCCCAACGACGGCUACCACGCCAUCUACUUCGCGAUGCUGCUGGCCGGCGUGGGCUUCCUGCUCCCCUACAACAGCUUCAUCACCGACGUGGACUACCUGCACCACAAAUACCCAGGGACCUCGAUCGUGUUCGACAUGAGCCUCACCUACAUCCUGGUGGCUCUGGCGGCUGUGCUCCUGAACAACGUGCUGGUGGAGAGACUGAGCCUACACACGAGGAUCACCGCGGGCUACCUCUUGGCCUUGGGCCCCCUCCUCUUUAUCAGCAUCUGUGACGUCUGGCUACAGCUCUUCUCUCAUGACCAGGCUUAUGCCAUCAACCUGGCCGCUGUGGGCACCGUGGCCUUAGGCUGCACAGUGCAGCAAUCCAGCUUCUACGGGUACACGGGGAUGCUGCCCAAGAGAUACACCCAGGGUGUGAUGACUGGGGAGAGCACAGCGGGCGUGAUGGCGUCCCUCAGCCGCAUCCUCACCAAGCUGCUGCUGCCGGACGAGCGGGCCAGCACGCUCAUCUUCUUCCUGGUGUCUGCCGGCCUGGAGCUGCUCUGCUUCCUGCUGCACCUGCUGGUGCGGCGCAGCCGGUUCGUGCUCUACCACACGGCGCGGCCACGCGACAGCCGCCCAGGCCGCAGAGCCGGCUACCUCGUGCACCACGACGUCGCCGCGGGGGACGUCCACUUCGAGCACCAAGGCCCAGGCCUGGUCAAUGGCGGGUCCCCAAAGGACAGCCCGGCCCACGAGGUGACCGGCGGGGGUGCCUACAUGCGCUUCGACAUGCCUCAGCCCAGAGUGACACGGAGCUGGCCCUCCUUCCAAGCCCUGCUGCUGCACCGCUACACUGUGGCCCGCGCCAUCUGGGCUGACAUGCUCUCCAUCGCCGUGACCUACUUCAUCACGCUGUGCCUAUUCCCGGGGCUCGAGUCUGAGGUUCGCCACUGUGUCCUGGGCGAGUGGCUGCCCAUCCUCAUCAUGGCCGUGUUUAACCUCUCCGACUUCGUGGGCAAGAUCCUGGCGGCUCUGCCCGUGGACUGGCGGGGCCCCCACCUGCUGGCCUGCUCCUGCCUGCGCGUGGCCUUUAUUCCCCUCUUUAUCCUGUGCGUCUACCCCAGCGGCGCACCCACCCUGCGCCACCCGGCCUGGCCCUGCGUCUUCUCUCUGCUCAUGGGUGUUAGCAGCGGCUACUUUGGCAGCGUACCCAUGAUCCUGGCGGCGGGCAAAGUGAGCCCCAAGCAGCGCGAGCUGGCAGGGAACACCAUGACUGUGUCCUACAUGACGGGGCUGACGCUGGGCUCGGCGGUGGCCUACUGCACCUACAGCCUCACGCGGGACACUCCCAGCAGCUGUCUCCACACGUCUGCCAACUUCUCCUUCCCCUCUGGCCUCUGA